GGUUCUAUUCAUUCCUGGAUUUAUUCUCGACCCUGCGAGAUGUUGAACAGCAGAGCAGAAGCUCUUAAAAACAAAAAAAGAUGUCUGUAUUAUCUGGCAGCUGCAGCACUACUUCUUGAGGAGCAGCAAAAUCGGGCAGCGCUACUGCUUCAAGAGCAGGAGAAAAACCAGAAAGAGCAGGUGAAAGAAGAAGGCAUAACGCCAACCAGAAAACGGAAGGCGAGGACCGUGUGGGUGAGAGACUGGCUGACUAGAAGACAUCACUUUGGACAUUAUGACCAGUUAUUGACAGAACUUCACAAGGAAGAUCCAAAAGGUUACAAGAACUACCUGAGAGUUCCGCCUGACUUGUUCCAAGAGAUGGUGGAGAAGUUAACCCCUCACCUUGAGAAGAAGGUCACAUUCAUGAGGGAACCGCUGGACGUGGGACUCAAGCUGGCAACCACCCUUCGCUUCUUAUCCACUGGAAAUUCCUAUACAAGUCUACAGCACAGCUUCAGAGUUGACCUUACUACAAUCUGCAAGUUCCUACCAGAGGUCUGCAAAGCCAUCAUUGAGGUCUACAAAGACAAAGUACUCAGGUGCCCCAAAACUGAAGAGGGGUGGAAGGAGGUUGCUGAAGGUUUUAGUUCCAGAUGGAACUACUACAACUGUUUGGGGGCUGUGGACGGCAAGCAUGUUGCUGUGAAGAAGUCUGGCUCAUUCUACUACAAUUAUAAGGGCUUCCACAGCAUUGUGCUCAUGGCCGUUGUAGAUGCUGGGUACAAGUUUUUGUAUGUUGAUGUUGGGGCAGAGGGUGGUGCUUCAGAUGGAGAACCGUGGAAGAACUGUACUUUGCAUGAAGCUGUUGAGGACAAACGAGCCGGACUGCCUGGACCAGCUCCACUCCCUAAUGAUGACAAGCCUGUACCGUAUCAUUUCAUAGCUGACGACGCGUUUGCUCUCAGAACUUGGCUGAUGAAACCAUUCUCUCAUCACUCCCAGAAUCACAGAGAGAUUAUCUACAGCUGCAGGUUGUCUCGUGCGCGGUGUGUGGUGGAGAACACAUUUGGAAUCUUGUCUCAAAGGUUCAGGUGUUUCUCUACUACGAUGCAACAGAACCCAGAGACAAUCAGCCUGAUCACCAUGUGCGCCUGUGUUCUACACAACCUCAUCCUCAGCAGAUACCCUCUGGCAUCGACAGAUGUGGACCAUGAAGAUUCUGCAACACAUAAUCUGAUACCUGGAGCAUGGAGGGAAGUACCUCAAAUGGAGGGCUUGAUGCCUCUGUCUGAAGACCACAUCCAGAAUGAGGCCAAAGAACAGCGUGAAUACUUGUCACACUAUUACUCAUCUCCUGCUGGCGCUGUUCCUUGGCAAGAGAGAAUGGUCACACCCUGACCCAUAGUGACCUCAGAUAUGGACCACGAAGAUUGAGUUACACAUUUUAACUAAUCUUUAAAUUUGUUGUAUAAAGAAAUCCAAUUAAAAAAAGCCCUUCC